UCAUUUCAAGCUACAGUUCAUCGCCUUUCGUGUUUCUUCAAACCCCCUGCUCACCAAGUUCAAAGCCAUUAGAUCUGACUUUCGGCUUUUGCGAUCCCAAGUUCAAACCCCCUGCUCACCAUUUCUGCAACUCUUAACCUUGUCCUUUAUCUCCCUCGCCGUUGCUAGCCACCGCGGGAAUGGACGCGUUUCGGAAGCAAGCCAGCAGGCUCAGGGAGCAAGUUGCCAAGCAGCAGCAAGCUGUGAUUAAGCAAUUUAGUGCAAGUGGGUACGAGAGCUCGGAUUCUGUAGUCAUCGAUGAGGUCGAGUUGCAGAGGCAUCAGCAGCUGGAGAAGCUCUACAGGACGACUCGAGCAGGGAGAGAUUUUCAAAAAGAUAUUGUCAGAGCAGCAGAAGCACUCACUGCCAUAGGAUAUAAGCAUAUCGAAGCAGGAACCAAGUUGUCUGAGGAUUGCUGCAGAUAUGGAACUGAGAACAUUAGCGACACCAUGCUGGCUAAAGCUGCAGCUAUAUACGGUGAUGCUCGUAAACAUGUGGAAAAGGAGACCGAGGAUUUAAAUGGCUUACUUGCUUCUCAGGUUUUGGAUCCUAUAAGGGCAAUGAUUACUGGCGCUCCUUUAGAAGAUGCCCGACAUCUUGCUCAACGUUAUAGUCGAAUGAGACAAGAAGCUGAAGUACAGGCUACUGAAGUUUCCAGAAGACAAGCACGAGUCAGGGAAUCCCCCAUCCCUGAGAACGUUGCAAAGUUGCAUGCAGCAGAGGCAAAAAUGCAAGAACUGAAGGCAAACAUGGCAGUUCUCGGUAAAGAAGCGUCAGCUGCAUUAGCUGCAGUUGAAGCACAGCAGCAAAGAUUGACCUUCCAAAGGCUUGUUUCUUUGGUUGAAGGGGAAAAGAACUAUCACUUGCGACUUGGUGCCAUACUCAGUGAGGUUGAAACUGAGAUGGUUUCAGACAAACAACAAAGAGAGGCAGCUCCUCCUGUCAUACCAUCUACUAUAACACCAUUAGAAAACGGCUCAGAAAAGACCACGUACUUCCUGGCUGAAGCAACUCAUCCCUUUUACGCAGAAACUGACAAGGAGCUUAGUUUGGCAGUCGGCGAUUUCAUUGUUGUUCGUAAGGUUAUGCCAACAGGGUGGUCAGAAGGAGAAUGCAAAGGGAAAUCAGGGUGGUUCCCAUCAGCCUACGUCGAGAGGCGCCAGAGGAUUCCAACUGCUAACUAAGAACUUCUGACUUUCACCCAAACUCUAGAGCUUGUACCGGCUACACGUUCUCUCUCUCCAAUUCUACAUGUUCUUUGAAAUUUUGCAUCUUUACCAGUAAAACUUACAUUAAUUUUUAUGGGUUUGUAUAUUCCUUGGCUGAAACAUGGUUGUAAACUUGUAAUCGAAGAAAACCUUUUCUGUAAGUGACCAAUGUGUUUUCUGUUUGUUUAUCCUGAAUGCACCGGAGAUGAUUCAUUCAUCAGGAUGUGGAAGGUAUGUUUUUUAAAAUUGU